GUCUCUCAUUUUAACAAUCGCUUCUCCCACUCUCUCUUUUCUCUUUCUCUCUCUCUCAGUUCUGUUUCGCUGGUCGGAAACAGGCUAUACCAACUGCUCAGCUUAACGAAUCAACAAGAAAGCUUCUCUUAAUUCCUUUAAACCAAUCUACUUAUUAACAAUUUAUUCUUUACUAAGCGACCAAGUACAAAAAAUGGCCUGCGAAGUAGCUAUGCUUAACCCACAGCUGGACAUGAACACGCCAGUGGCUAUUGCCGAGGGAUUCUACAGCCCCCAGCACUGGAGCUCUGCAGCAGACAUGAGCCCGCCAAACAACUAUGCCAACUCUCCGAUACAAGCUGCAGGAUCGCCUAACAGUUGCGCCGCUCACAGUCCUUCGUACGGGCACUCUCCUGUUAUGGCUGGUCAUCAUUCCCCAGUUCCUGCAGCAGCUUCUCUGUCUCCGGUCCAUUCGCCUCCAAUGAUGCAACAGCUUGGAUCUCCACACCACAUGAUCAAGCAGGAGGGAGAUUUUGCAUGUGCCGUCACUGCAGAACAGCAAAUGGUAGCUGCCGUUUAUGGAAAACCUCACCCGCCCGAGCUCAUUAGUUCUAACAUCUUCCCAGGAGCAGAGGUUCCUUCAUUCGUUGAAACAACACACUUCAUUGAGGACUCCUACCCAGAGCUCUUUGGUGGUAUGCAGCGUCUCAAACACGAGGGAGCAUCACCUCCUCCUCCACCAUACUCUGUCGCAGCUGCUACCAGCAUCUAUAACAGCCCACCUCACUCCGACAGGGAGUACACUCACUCUCCUUGCUCCCCUUAUCUUGAUCAGCAGCUGGUUGAUGCUACACCACUCCAGUACGUCGGAGACUUCCCCACUCCAGUCCCUACUCCAGUCUCUAGCCUUGCCACUACUACUCCACUGGAGCACUUCCCACCAGUCGCUGAUUUCACCACCUCCAACUGCGGUACUGCAUGUACUUACACCAUGUCUGCUAACCAGCAAUACGGGAUCAAGUCUCAGUACGAUCUCCUCCCCACAGCUGGUCCUUGCAUGCCUCAGGAGACAGCAGUCACUGGAGCUCAGGCUCAGUUCGAUCUCUCAAUGGCAGCAGCUCAGCCUGGCUUUAUGCUUCCUCCUAGCUCUAUAGCUCCUCAUAGCGGCUCCUUCAUGAGUCAGCCUCAACCUCAGCCUCCUGUCAAUCCAGCUAAGACCGAUGAGCAGAGGAAACCAUUUGUUUGUCUUUAUCCUGGCUGCACUAAGCGCUACCUCAAGCUCUCUCAUCUCCAGAUGCACAUCAGGAAGCACACCGGUGAGAAACCUUACGUCUGUGAGCACGAGGGCUGCGGGAAACGUUUCUCACGCUCAGACCAGCUCCGCCGACACAGCCGCAAGCACACUGGAAUCCGUCCCUUCCAAUGUGAAGUCUGUCAGAGGAAGUUCUCACGAUCCGAUCAUCUCAAGACUCACAUGCGUACACACACCGGAGAGAAACCUCACGUUUGCUCAUGGCCAAACUGUCCAAAGCGCUUUGCCCGCUCUGACGAGCUCGGACGACAUUUGGCAAUGCACAGGAGGCACCUUGAGAAGAACCGUUUCUAAGCUCGCACUAUUGCAAACUUCCUCUAUACCAAGACAGUUCUUCUGAAAGAAUGGCUCUGCUAAUGGUUCUGUCUAUCUUUUUGAAAGUUUGCUUGUGUGUGUGUGUGAGAUUCGACCAACUCCUCCUCAAUUCUAAUUUCUGCCCAAACUAUGUGUUCCUGUACCAUAUUACUACUGUAUCUAGCUUAUACUAACUAGACUUAAAGCCACUGGUAAUCCAGCUCUAACUAUAUCCUAAUGUAUUACUACUGAUAAUUAACAACUAUAGCCUACUAGUACUUACUUGUACCUUAAUGAGUGUUAGAUUUAACUUAACUUUAAUUGUACUUGUACUUAUUACUUCUACUUUAAACUAUUCAUAAUUAUAAUUUUAGUUUUACCUACUAAUCUUAACUAUAAUCAUUACUUUUUACUUUAUAAUAAUCAUUCUACUUUACUAUUAUAUUAUCAUAGUUUUAUUAUACUUCUUUAAUUUACCUUUACAAUUGUAACUUUAUUUUACUUCUUAUAAUACUUCUAUUCACUAUUAUAGUUAUUUUUUUAUUACUAUUACAAUGAUGAAAAAAAAUUCAUUCGACAUAUUCUUUUGUCUCCAUUAUGCACUUGUCCUUCGUCUAAUAAUAACUGUUGUGUAUUUGUGUCCUCCUAUUCUUAUUAUUAUUAUUAUUAUUAUUAUUAUCAUAAAUAUAA